AUGAGUUCCGGUUCUGGAGAUAUCACCGAGUCCCUCUUGACGGCCUCCAUUGCAGGAAUCGCCGCGGCGUCAUUCGAAGGCCUUAUUACAUAUCCAUUUGAUUUCAUCAAAACUCAAAAUCAACUGUCACGCCGCGUAAAUGGCGUCAAGUAUACUUUACCUGAACCCUCUAGAAUUCUUUACAGAGGUUGUUCGGCGCUUGUGCUUGGAGGAUGUGUCAAGAGCAUUGCUAGAUACUCGGUCUAUAACUCAGCAACAAAGUUUAUGAGAGACAAGAAUGGUGAUCUUGCUGCUCCACAAGUAGUUGUUGCAGGAAUGAUGACUGGCUUCAUCGAAUCUCUCUUCAUUGUUCCCUUUGAAAACGUCAAGAUCCGUAUGGUUGAAAAAACACUCAACCCAAUCAAUGCACAAGCAAACUACGAUUUUGCUGUGGCCGCAGCCAAUGCUGCUCUUUUGCGCCGACAAGCACUCGACGAAACUCGCUUCCCUCACAUUGAAUCUUCAAAGCCCUCCCCGCCUCCAGCACCAAAGUCUACCGCUACUUCCACCUCCUCAAGCCCUCGUCCCAAGAAAGUGCGUCCUCGUGCACCACUAGGUUCAACAGCCCCAUCCGGCCCUGUCAUUAAACCAAACCAAAAAGUUGUCCCUAUAUACCCCAUCAACCCUAAUAUUAAGGGAAUCUGGGGCACUAUGCGUGAGAUGCUAAGCGAACGUGGAGUCUUUGCAUUUGUUCAAGGCUUUGCUCCUACACUUUUCCGUCAAGUCACUUUCAGCACCGUUCAGUUUACCACUUAUAACUUUCUGCGACAGUUGAUCCACCCACAAUCUGAGGAACCCAUCCCUGUGUACAAGUCACUGGGCGCUGGGCUACUAUCGAGCGUGGCUGUUGUUGUUGCAACCCAGCCAAUUGAUCUCAUUAAAACUAGAAUGCAAACGUCCAACGCACGCUCCGUGUACCAGUCUACCCCACGUGCUGCUUACACCAUUUUUGUUCAAGAAGGAUUCACAACAUUCUGGGUCGGUUCUUUCCCACGAUUCAUUAAAGUCACUGCUGGAAGUGCUCUCACCUUUGGCAUUUACGAGGUAGUAGUUGAUAUGCUCAAGGUUGUGGUUAAAGAAAAACCCUUUUCAUCGUCGUAA